UGCGGUGGUAGCGACAUUAGCUUCUGCUAGUUCAGAAAACACAGUGAGAACAUCAGUGUGGUUCAUUAAACAGAAGGCUGAAGAUGAGCCUGUGGAUGUGAGAGAGGAUGAGGAGUAUCAGGGCCGAGUGCAGGACACACAGAACUCUCAGAAUAACUGUAGUCUGAGAAUCACUAACCUGAGAGAGACAGAUGCUCAAACAUACAGAUUCAGAUUCUACACUGAUGGAUGUGAUUACACUGGAGAACCUGGAGUCGCUCUGUCUGUUACAGAUCUGAAGGUUACAGUAUCAGACUGUACUGAUCAGGACAUGGAGCUGAGCUGUAACACCACCUGCGCUCUGUCUAACAAUCCCACUUACAUCUGGUACAAGAACGGACAGCGGGUGAAUGAGUGUAAAUCUGCCUCCUGCUCUGUAGCUGCAGUCAGUGGUGAGGUCAGUUACAGCUGUGCUGUUGAAGGCCACAACAUUCUCCAAUCUCCUCCAGUGUAUUCCCCUAAAAACACCAGAGCAGUGGUUCAUCCAUCUGGAAACAUAGUGGAGGGGGAUUUAGUGACUCUGAGCUGUAGCAGUGAUGCAGACCCUCCUGUUCACACCUACUCCUGGUUUAAGCAGAGAGAAUCUACAGACACACUGCUGACAACAAGCCAGAAUUACAGCAUCAGCAACAUCAACACCAAUCACAAUGAAACGUACUACUGCACUGCUCACAACCAGCUGGGACGUCACAACUCUACACCAGUACACCUGAAUUUGUUACGUGAUGAGGUGUGGAAGCUCCAUGCUGCAUGGGGAGCUGCUGUACUCGUUCUUACUCUGCUUCUUCUUAUUGCUGUUCUGGUCAUUAUGAGGAAGAGAAUAGCAAAUAGAGACACUGACAUUCAGAGGGCUCCGGCACCUGAAGGCGACACAUACACAACACUGCAGCUCAUGGCGAUGUCCCCAGAUUAUGAUACUCUGCAAAAUAUUAAAAGCUCUGUCAAGAGCCAACACCGAACCCUGCAGCCACGUCCUUAAUUAUGACACACUGACGGAGUUCAGGCUCAGCACAGUGUAACUUUUCCCACUCAGAGUUUCUGUGUUGUUGCUGAAUCUUCAGUAGAAAUCCCCUGUACAUUUACAAAACCUGAUCACUCCAGUGUCACACAGAGAGAGUGGUAUCGAGUCCAGAGCUCUGAAACAGAACCACAAGACCUGAGUAAAGAUCCACAAUAUUCAGGACGAGUUAUAAACUGGACAUUGGACUGUGCGCUGACAGUGAAAAAUAUUUGCAGGUGAAGGUGGAUCCUAACACUGAAGGACAGAGAGAAGUAAAACUGACCUGUAGUUUCACCUGCAGUCUCAGUCCAUACAAUUUCCACUGGUACAAGAAUGGCCAAAAGUUAAAAACUACAAAUGACAACUUCAUUGUCCUCGACUCGACUAGUCUACAUGAUGAAGGCAGCUACUCCUGUAGGGCGUAUGAGAGUGAACGUCGCUCUCCUCCAGUGUGUGUAAUGAGUAAGGCGUGUUGGCGUGUGACUUACACUCCUGAUCAUGUGUGUGCUCUGAAAGGCACAUCGGUUGAUCUCUCCUGCUCUUAUACGCAUCCUGCAGAACACACAGUGAGAACAUCAGUGUGGUUCAUUAAACAGAAGGCUGAUGAUGAUCCUGUGGAUGUGAGAGAAGAUGAGGAGUAUCAGGGCCGAGUGCAGGACACACAGAACUCUCAGAAUAACUGUAGUCUGAGAAUCACUAACCUGAGAGAGACAGAUGCUCAAACAUACAGAUUCAGAUUCUACACUGAUGGAGGUGAUUACACUGGAGAACCUGGAGUCGCUCUGUCUGUUACAGAUCUGAAGGUUACAGUAUCAGACUGGAGAAAUGGGUAUAAAAAGCUGAGCUGCAUCACCACCUGCA